CUGAUGCCUCACAGAAUAAAGCGAAGGCAGCCGGCUUGCCACCUGCAAGUCCGGGCAGUGGCGGUCGUGUCAGUGGUGGUGGUGCUGCUGUUCCUGGUGCUGCACAACCGAAAGCGAAGGCCCUCGCCUUGCCACCUGGUGGUCGUGCCGGUCUAGAUGCCUCGCAAGUGGGUGGUGGUGGCGGUGCGGCGUCACCAGUAGAUGCCCGCCAGCAGCCUUUGGACUUUCGGGAUCCUGGCGGUCCUGUUCAACCACCACCCCAAUCCACCACAACGCCAACCAGCCCGGAUGCGCUGCAGCAGGCACAGCAAGCGCAGGCGCAGCAAGUGCAGGCGCCGCAGGGUGGUGGUGCUGCUCAUGCUGAUUCUGCUGCUGCUCCACAUCGACCCGGCACUGCUGCUGCUGCUGCUCUUCGGCGUCUCUCGGCUAUGAGGCCAGUGCUUACGCGUACUCCUGCGGCUGCUAUCAUGGGUGGAAGAACUGAUGCUGAUGCUGGAAGCGAUAUUCCUGGAGCUGGACCUGACGGCAGCAGAGCCGGAGAAACUACUGUAGCUGGUAUAACGGGCGCGCCAAGUGCAAGUGCUACUUUAGCUUCUGAAGCUGCUUCUGAUGCUGCAGCUGCCUCAGGUGGGAAAGAUGCUGCCGGCGGCGGCGCAACUCCGAGUGCCCCUGCUGCUGCUGCCGCUGCUUGGUCCGCAGCAGAGGCUCCGGGCGGCGGUGAUGCUGAUGGCUUUGUGCGUCCCUCUUCUGGCGAUGCCCAUUUGUCGGAUGCUGCUUCUGGAACAGCAACAGCAGCAGAUUUAGAUACUGGUCGCACUACCUCUGCUGCUGAUCCUGCACCUCUUGGACGAGGCGAAGCCGAUGCCGCAUCUCGGAGGUGGCCUCUACCGAAGCCAAAGGACCCCGCACUAGGCUGUCAGUAUUUCCAUUACUCGAGGCCCACUGACUGGCGGGAUGCCACCACACGAAGAGACGAUGCGGAUCAUAACCCGAAUGGCCUCGUGCCUCAUUUGCUAGACCUCACCAACGUUGCUGCACCGAAAGGCAAAGCUCAACAACUUCUCGCACAAGCGGAGAAAAAUGCGAACCGCGACACCGGCCGUUUGAGGGCAUCCGAUGCUCAUUCGCCGUUUAGCUUUCAAAACCAACUCGAGAUCAACAAGGAUCCGCACACAGGUGCUCCUGCCUGGGAACCACUUCCUGUGUAUCAGUUGGGGCAAAACGUGGCGGUCCAGCUCGUCAGUCUCAGCCAGGACAAGGUUCAAAUCCGGAAGAACUACUUGGGGCAGCGCAUGAGCGAGAGAGAGAUGGAUAUUUCGCCAGAGGAAAUCGCUAUUGUCAUUGCAGGAAACAGUGGGUUGCCAGGAGGGAGGACAGCCUGGAUUUCUAAGAAAGGUGAGCAACUCUUGGACGUCAAAAGGGUCCAUGCUUCUCACGGAAGCCAGGAAGAGUCCGUUGUCAGCAACUGGAUCACGAACGAAGCUAGGUGGUUCUUUUAUCCAAAUGAGGUCAUAAAUGAUGUUCAUGCCUGCAAAUGGCUGCCUGGCGUGAUCACUUUUUAGUGUCGAUUUUCAAGCAUGACUGGAACACCAGAGCUAGACAACCCAGACCCUUCCAACAUUCUCGACGCCGCUGGCCUUUAACGAAGACCUUUACUGACAGGUUGGCACUAGGUUGUGACGAAACCACAGAGAUUUUUCAUAAUGACCUAGCGACAGGUAGAACUAGAAGCGACUCGAUAAUCGGCACUCUGUUUACUAAACCAUAAUGGAGCUCUUCAACUAGGAGUAGGCAGUUUGGUUCCCCCCGGGCCUGAAUAGAAGCCAGCAAAUAGCACAAACUCGCCGUCAUCUGACGCACCGCGUUUGUACACCACCCGCAGUUUAUCCUGUCCAGUAGCUGCAGAUGGGCGUCUACUCAGAAGGAUUGUUUUUUUGCACCAUGGGCGGAACGCCUAGAAGCACGCAACGCCUAGCGCAUUGCCUAGAAGCGGAGAAGAUCGCAACGCCUAGAAGCGAAAGUAUAUUCGAAAGCCGUACUCGUAACAGCAAAAACAAAAAGUACAGAAAUUCUAAAAACCCCGGAUCCAGAUAGAGGGAUUUGUUUUUAGAGAUUACUUCUGAGCUCCUCGGUGGCGCUUUUGUUAUUGUUUCCGGCCUGCUUUACUGCGCUUGCAAGAAGCUCGCCGCCGGUCCUAAAAGCUUGGUGCCUAACUUUCCUGUUCGACUUACAAUCUUCUCAUGAGGCGACGGGUCGGGAUAUUGUUUUGUCGGGUGUCAAAGAUUCUCCCCAGCGCUUAGGGUUUUUGCAUCUUUUGAACACUGAGUGUGAGGGUGGUAGCGCGAAGUGAAACCCAAUUGGAGUCCCUUCAAUGUGAGUUCCCUUCACAUGCCAGGCAUCUCGGACGACGCAAUGCCCCCCGUUUUUGGGGCAUUGCGUCGUCCGAGAUGCCUGGCUCUCGGUGCAACCCAGUGCAGACAAUCAACAUUCAGAAGAGUUAAGGGGUUACGAUAGCAGUUUCUGGCUCACCUCGGCAGCUCAUAUAGUGCCAAAGGAGCUUGCGCUAAAUGGAGACUACAGCCAAUGUGAGCGUGCUGAUAAAGAUGCAAAAAAGUGAAGAUGGCACUGGCAGAGAGCCAAGUAGAAAAGACGAGGACAAGGCGCAAAAAAAAAAGAGAGCAAGAGCGAGGGAACGAAGCUCACCCAAAGAAAAUCACGCCGCACCCGCAAUCAGACUGUGCAGAAAAGAAAGUAAAGAGAGAGCCAGCACGACAGAGAGACAAGGCGGCGCGCAACUUCUAGGCUUCGAAAAACGAAAAAGGAGUCCCACCGAAAGGUUGACCGCGGCGAAGUGUGAAUAGCCCCACGCUGAUCACGAAGCUCGGUGGCGCUUUCGUUCUGGCUAGCUUUGCUGCAUCCACAAAAGAGCUAGCUGCCGGGCUUUGCUUGGGGACUUCUUUUCCUGUUCGGCUUUCAAAUCACCCAGGGGCGGUGGGUUUUGUGGCUGGUUUGUCGGGUGGUCGGGGAUCCUUCUCAGCGCUUAUAUCAAGUGCCAAAGAAGCCUGAGGCGCAUUGCUUUUUAGAUGGGGUUUUUCGGUUUCUGAAUUCGAUUUGCAUGUGAUUCACACUGCUCACACACAGUUUUUAUUUCUGGUGCGUGUUAUUUCCCCUAUGUUAUGAAAAAAAUGUUAUUGUGCAUAGAUGCGAAUAUGUCUUAGGCCUUGGAGCCGACACUAAAAGAGAGGUAUGCGCAGCCGCAUGUGGGUAGAACUUGGCUUGCAUAACAGCGAAACCUUGCUGCAUAACACCGGGACCGCCGAUGCAUAUAAGUGGGUGAUGUGGAACCUGUACGCGGGAACGAUCGGAGGCAAGUAUAUCCUGCGUGAAUAUCUCCUUUGCAUCGCGAGUCCUUUUUUAACAGCUGUAAGAACAAUGACAGAAAUUGCAUGAAUGAGUGUAAAAGUGAGUACAGCGUACUGGAAACUAUUGACUCCCUUGUUCUGGCAGAUAGUUUGAUUGUUUGCAGUCAGGUCCGCCCGAGCGUUUUACUUUAUCUCUGGGAGUCAGCAGCUCUUGUGCUCGCGCCUAAUGACGGCAGAACAGGUUAGGGCCAAAGUGUGGCAUUUGAUCGGUGAACUGUAGGGGCCUCGGAUGGAGUCGCGUUGUUACUUGUGUGAUUCUUCGCUUUCGUAGAUCACAAGGUCUCCACCCAGUGCAGAAUCAUGCUCUGAUCGACGCAAUCGAUCCGGCAAGGAGAUCAGCGUCCUUACGUGUCUAGUUCGCCGCGCGCCACAUUCACAUUGUUCUCGGCACUCUCAUUAUUUAGUCCGCCCGAAACACGACCCUAAGAGAAUAACAAUAAGCAAUACUUGAUGGAUGGUACACGUAGGGAACCUGUUUAUUUAAGGGGUUUCAGAAGAUAAUGUGGUAUAGAUCAACUGUUCGUCAUAGAAGAUCGGCGCUCAGCUGCUCUCGGGCUGGACCGCCUAAAGGGCACACUGCCAACAUCAUCAUCAGACCGCGGAAGUUAUCGCCUCGUCGGCAGUUUCUAGUGCUGAAAAUCUUCGCAACGCGAAGGCCAAGGCUUUCCACAUUAAAAAGGUAAAACGGCAAAACGAGAGACAUGCCGUGUGAUUGCGCAAUGGCUAUGCCUCGCGCUAGCCUCAUUUAGGGCGCUGCCGUGGACGCGCCGAAAGUGGGCCCAUGCACCGAGGAAUAUUUAGCUUGCGCGAGCGACAAAUUGAUUCGCAAAAGAUGCCACAUGUGUGGCCGUUUCGCCAUUGCCAACCCUGCCACACGGGACACUGUCAUAUUUGACGUAAUGGGCGGGCGCGAAAAAGCAAAAGAUCCGGAGCAGCGCAAUAAAGCGGCCCCUGGCCGCCUGCAGGUCGCCGCCGCGUGCUGUGCGUAUUGGGCCUUUUGGCUGCCACUUCUGUCCCGGCUCCCGAGGUAAAAGAAGGGCCGCGAAUUUUUACGCGGGCCCUGCCUGGAUGUAUGUAAAUGUGCAUCGGCUUGUUGGCGCCACAGGGCAGGCUAUUCUUCCGCGCGGUCGCGUUGGAGAAUGGAGUGGUGCCGAGCCGCGCCAUGGCAAGCGUGGCGCCGGCGUCUCGCUCUGUGGCUGUCAAUUGCGUAGAAGCCACACCUCACUUCCAUGUGACAUUGUGUCACUGCUGGGCGCUUAGCAAAUUUGUUCUUGUUCUCUUACUACAAAUAACUACGCCUAAGAAAGGAUAGACCAGUACCUACCAUGCAGAUGGGGUAUUCACUUGCGAUAAUCAGGGGUUUGUACAAUCAGGAUCAGGAGAGUGAGGAGUGGUGCAGCACCCUUCAAGGGGUCAACUACGUUAAGACAGAGAAUCCAGUCGACUACUCAGAUUGUUGGGUGGUCCGCAAUACUCGUAUUGGGCCAGAAGAUGAAGAUGAGAAACAAUAUCAGACGAUGGAUGGCGCAAAUGAGUGGGGAAUGAAAAUUGGCGGGCUGUUUUUUGUGGCAGCGCCCAACGCAGGAUCGCGGCUGACCCCUGUAGGUAGUACCGCUCGCACUUUGAACAAGCGGGCAAGUGAUUCGUUUCUUGGUGGCGAGGGGGAUUUCGGAUUCUUUCUGCAGGGAUUGGAAGCAGCAGUGACCGGAGUUAUCGACGCAGCUAUCAGGGAACAGCUACUCUCCGGAAGACCCACGCAGGUGUUGAUAUUCAACAAGCUUGGUGGCGGGCUUUACUGGCCAAAGGCGGGACCUAUACGGAUUAAUACGUCGGAUGGCACCGAGAUAAGACGCCCAAACGUAGAUGAUCCGGCCUGCGACGCGAAAACCUACGGCAGGAUUUUUCUGAAUGUGCUCAAUGGAACUGUGAAGGUCGCCGAGAAGAAGAUCCCGAAGUGGGCCUUUUUCAAACUCAUUUUACUGACAGGAUUGUAAGACUCGUAUCUUCUCGCUGUCGCUGUCGCUUCUGCAAAGUGGAGUUAGGAGGAAUUAACUUGUUUGUAUAAAUUGACUUGUAGUUCUAGUUUUGCUAGUUGUGUUGUUGUUGUAGUUUACUCUGCUAUGCUUAUUGCUGUAUUUCUCAUAACAUCGGAGUGCCGAGGGCGAAUGCGUACCUACUUACUUAAAGCGUACUCCGGUGUGCGCACGAAUAUGAAUUUGUGCGUGUGGUGCAACCGUCAUACUUUGUUGCGUGAUCAAUUUGAAGCUUCGCAUUAGGAAACUGUUGGAGCACAAAAGUUACUGUAUCGACACCAGCAAUCGCACAACAUGCUGCAUUUUGUGUCAGCUGUGUCCUGACUUUCUCCACUAACGUUCUCUUUGCACUUCAUUUUGCGCAUUUAAGGAGGUACUGACUGGACCUGGAGCUGGAGCUUUGCACUUCGCUGCACCUGAUU